GAGGAUACUGAUAUACAGGGAAAAGAGUGCAUGGUCUUUGCUGGUACCACUGUCGUGAAUGGGUGCUGUGUUUGCUUGGUUACUGAGACUGGUAUGAACACUGAAAUCGGUAAAAUUCACUCACAAAUCCAUGAUGCUUCUCAGAGUGAUGAUGAGACUCCUCUGAAGAAGAAGUUGAAUGAGUUUGGUGAAGUGCUUACCAUGAUAAUUGGUGUGAUAUGUGCUCUGGUUUGGCUCAUCAAUGUGAAAUACUUUCUUACCUGGGAGCUUGUUGAUGGAUGGCCGAGGAAUUUCAAGUUUUCCUUCGAGAAGUGCACGUACUAUUUUGAGAUUGCUGUGGCUCUUGCUGUUGCAGCGAUACCAGAGGGAUUGCCAGCGGUGAUUACUACUUGCUUGGCUCUGGGAACCAGGAAGAUGGCAGCGAAGAAUGCUCUGGUGCGGAAGUUGCCCAGUGUUGAAACUUUGGGCUGCACAACUGUGAUCUGUUCUGACAAGACUGGCACAUUAACAACAAAUCAGAUGUCUGCUGCGAGACUUGUUGCUAUGGGAGGCCGGGCAGGUCAGGUUAGAAGUUUUAGAGUGGAUGGGACUACAUAUGACCCUCACAAUGGGAAAAUACACGAUUGGCCUACUGGGAGCAUGGAUGCUAAUCUUGAAACAAUUGCCAAGAUCGCUGCUGUUUGUAAUGGUGCCAAUAUUGCACACUCAGGGCAUAAUCAGUUUAUUGCAAGUGGAGAUUCCACAGAGGCAGCUUUAAAGGUUCUAGUUGAGAAAAUGGGAAUUCCUGGUGGAUCGGAUAUGUCAUCAUUGAAUUCUACAGAAAUAUUACGUUGUUGUCAAUGGUGGAAUGGGGUCACACACAGAGUUGCAACUUUGGAGUUUGACCGCACUCGGAAAUCAAUGGGAGUAAUUGUGAGGUCAAAAUCUGGAAGAAAUUCCUUGCUUGUGAAGGGAGCUGUUGAAAAUUUGUUGGAAAGAAGUGCAUAUGUUCAGUUGCUUGAUGGCUCUGUCGUCCCGUUGGAUGAUGGUGCAAGAAGUCUAAUUAUGGAAACUCUUAAAGAAAUGUCAACCAAUGCUUUGCGUUGUUUAGGUUUUGCUUACAAGGAUGACCUUUCAGAUUUUGAUACUUAUGACGGUGAAGAUCAUCCAGCUCAUAAACUUCUACUGGAUCCCUCCAAGUAUUCAGAUAUUGAGAAAAAUCUUGUUUUUGUUGGCUUGGUUGGACUGAGGGAUCCUCCCCGUGAAGAAGUACACCAGGCAAUUGAGGACUGCAGAACAGCUGGCAUUCGUGUCAUGGUAAUAACGGGUGACAACAAACAAACAGCAGAAGCAAUCUGUCGUGAAAUUGGUGUUUUUGGACCUAAAGAAGAUAUCAAGGCAAAGAGUUACACUGGAAAAGAAUUUAUGUCCUUGCCAGAUAAAAAGUCUCUUUUAAGGCAAAGCGGAGGGCUUUUGUUCUCAAGGGCUGAACCAAAGCAUAAACAAGACAUCGUAAGAUUACUCAAAGAAGAUGGGGAGGUUGUUGCGAUGACAGGUGAUGGAGUUAAUGAUGCCCCUGCUCUGAAAUUGGCUGAUAUUGGUAUUGCUAUGGGCAUUGCUGGGACAGAGGUUGCCAAGGAAGCAUCUGACAUGGUGCUAGCUGAUGAUAAUUUUAGUACCAUUGUUGCAGCAGUUGGUGAAGGGAGAUCUAUCUACAAUAACAUGAAGGCUUUUAUAAGAUACAUGAUCUCUUCAAAUAUGGGUGAAGUCGCCUGCAUUUUCCUGACCGCUGCUAUAGGCAUUCCUGAAGGGCUGAUACCGGUUCAGCUUUUAUGGGUGAAUCUUGUCACAGAUGGGCCACCUGCCACAGCUUUGGGAUUCAAUCCACCUGAUAGAGAUGUAAUGAAGAAGCCACCGAGGAGAAGCAAUGAUUCAUUGAUCAGCGCUUGGAUCUUAUUUCGAUAUCUGGUCAUUGGGCUCUAUGUUGGAAUUGCUACUGUGGGCGUCUUCAUCAUUUGGUACACUCAUGGCUCCUUUUUGGGAAUCGACUUGAGCGGAGAUGGGCACACGCUUGUCACCUACUCUCAGCUCUCCAACUGGGGCCAAUGUUCUUCGUGGGAUGGCUUCAAGGUCACCCCAUUUACUGCCGGAUCCCGAGUCUUCAACUUCGACAACAACCCUUGUGACUAUUUCCAGACGGGUAAAGUGAAAGCCAUGACCCUCUCGCUCUCCGUCUUGGUAGCCAUUGAGAUGUUCAACUCUCUCAAUGCCUUGUCUGAAGACGUGAGCCUGUUGAGCAUGCCACCUUGGGUAAACCCAUGGCUGCUUCUCGCCAUGUCAAUCUCGUUUGCACUACAUUUCUUGAUUCUAUAUGUUCCAUUCCUUGCUCAAGUGUUCGGGAUCGUGCCUCUCAGUUUCAAUGAAUGGCUUUUGGUUCUGGCCGUUGCUUUUCCGGUGAUCCUUAUUGAUGAAAUUCUCAAGUUCAUUGGUCGGUGUACAAAUUCUUCCGGUGCACAGAUACUGUCAGCAAAGCAUAAAAAUGAGUGAAGCCAUAGUUUGCAGUUUGGAGCAGUCUUUUAAGAGAGCAAUCUGCUGUAGCUCGGCAAACUGUUAGCUUCUCAGCUUUCAAUCUCUAACCCAGACUAUGUAUUGGUUUCAGAGUUUUCCAAUAUAGCUUACCAAAGCGGUGGUCUGGGAAUUGAACUCUUGAACUCAAAUCUUUAAAAAAGAAAAACCAAAACGUAUUCACUUUCAAUUGAUGGUUCCAGUUUUCAUUUUUCUAAACUUCAGUUAAAACAAAUGAAGCUGGCACAGUAGUGGUGCCUAUUUUUUGUA